GCGGGGGGGGACGGUGGCUCGGGUUUGGGGGAGACUUGUGAGGGGUUGGUUGCCCCCCAAAUUAUGGAGGCGAGGGGGUGAGUAGGGGGCUGCUCACCCCCGGGGUUGGGAGAGCGGGAGAGGGAAAUGGCCGCAGGCGAAGCCGGGGGGAUCAGACCUCCGUCUUCAGCGUGGGAUUUACUUGAGGGUGCAGGCAUCUCCUCUUCGUCGUCGGUCACGAUUGUUUCUCCGCAGGCAGCGGCUGCUUUUCUGGGAAAUCUUUUUCAGCGCCCAAAUUUCAGUCGUACGGAGCCUCGUGAGACGGGGGGAUGCUCUUCUGGGCAGCUGAAGCAAGGAAGCGCAGGGCCAAAAUCUGUGAUCCACAGCAGCGACCUUGUGUCUAACAAGUCGGAGGCUCGCAAGGGGAUUGAGGGGUCAUGGAGGAAGACCGUGAAGGAUGCCGGUCGUUACCUGAUCAGAGCACUGGCCCCGCGUCGCGGGUGGGUUUUCCCCGGGCUCGACCAGCGCCUCGCCGCCGCCCCUGCCUUGGUGAGCGUCGCGCCGCCCGCCCGGCCCUAUGCUGCGGCAGCGAAAACUGCAAAAAAAGGUUCACGUAAGACCAAGCAGGAAGAAACAAAAAAGAAAAAAGUAACUAGGAGGUGGCCGCUUAUGAGCAAGCCCGUGGAUGAUGUAUACUUGACAUGGUAUUACGAGCGGCCAUCCUAUGAUGUGGAAGAGGCUGUGGGUAUGCUAAAGAAAUUUCAGGAACUGGACUUCACUAACCCCAAACAGUAUGUCUAUAUUAACGUAUUCCUAGAUAUGGCACUACAGAAGAAGAAAAAAGUGGAUCCAUUUGCCAGCACUGUUCUUCUUCCGUAUCGCUUUACAGAUGAAAUGAAUAAGGUCUUGGUUUUCACAGAGAAUGAGCAAGAAGCUGAAAUAGCUCGAGAGAAUGGAGCUGCUGUUGUGGGAGGAGUUGAAUUAAUCAAAUGGAUUUUGGAAGAUGAAAUCCAAGUGGACUUCUAUGUAGCUGUUCCUGCAAUAAUGCCUAAGCUAAUACCGUUAAGGAGCAAACUAAAACGAAAAUACCCAAGCACAAAAAAAAAUUCCUUGGGCCAUGAUAUUCCUAAAAUGCUGCAACUCUUCAGAGAAGGUCUUGAGUACAUGGUAGAAGGCGAGCGUCUAAUCAAGACAAGAAUAGCAAGACUGGAUAUGCCUACGGAGCAGAUAGUUGCCAAUCUAAAAACAGUUAUCCAUGAUAUCUGCACGUUCAAGCCAUUGACUUACGGUCCUUUUGUGCAGAAGUUGGUUAUUAGAUCUUCAACCAGUGAAGGUUUGCUUUUGAACCUUGAUGGACUCCUGCCUCAGGUGGAAAAAGAAGAAGAAGAAAAAAAUGCAGAAGAUGAUGAAGAAAAACAUGUCCAAGAACCUGUUAGUACCUGAUGUCUUUCCUUGUAGAUGUGAUGAUCAACCUUGGAAAGCAAAUAGUGUAAUUCAAAUCAUACUUUAUGAAAAGAAAAAAUAAAUCAAACUUAUGAAUUUCACUUGUAAAUUCUUUGUGACAAGAAACGUCACAAACAGGAGUCUGUUGUCAAAAUUGAAGAUGUUUUAGAUUCCUUUUGUUGGUAGCUGAAAGCUCCCUAGUUUGUGGGGUUGUUUUUUUCUCUGCACAUAAUAGUUCUUACUCUAAUAAAAGCAUUUCUGUAA